CCUUAACAAACCGUUGUUACUUCCAGCCUUCCUUUCACAAACCUCACCUCUGAAAUCCUAAAAAAAAGAAAAAAAAUGGUGGCAGAAGAAGAACAACAGCAACAUGGAGGAUAUCAAAUCGACCUUGGAAAUCUCACAGCAUAUGAUCCUCAGUUCCAGUCUUCAUCCCUCCCUAAUAACAGGGAGGAUCUUGUGAAGGAGUGCAUAGCACACGGUACUAAAUUAAUUCAGUCAGUUGCCGACGCUCUUUUUAACUUGCCAGCUUCUGAAGAUGCAUCUGGGCCAGUUGUUUCUCUACCACCACCAACCACAAAAUUGCCAAGAGAAAAACCUCUGCCAAAACCUGCACCACCAACAAAAUGGGAGAUUUUUGCCAAAAAGAAAGGCAUCCAGAACAAAAAGAAAGACAAACUUGUCUAUGAUGAUCAAACUGCAUCUUGGAAGCGUCGUCAUGGUUAUGACCGAGUAAAUGAUGACAAUGAUGUUCCUAUUAUCGAGGCAAAGAUGACCGAUGAGCCAGGAGUAGAUCCUUUUGCCAAAAGACGGUUGGAAAAGAAGCAACGAGUUGAAAAACAAGAGAAGAACCGUUUUCAUAAUUUGAAAGAGGCGGCAAAAGUUGGUGCUCUACCAAGUCAUGUUCAGUUAGCUGCUACGGCAUUGCCAAUAACUGGGACCCAAACUGAACCAAGAAAGGUUAGUAAGGACGAACUGCAGAAUGUAGCUGGAAUGGCAGCAACUUCAACUGCCAGUGGCGGUAAAUUUGACAAAAAAUUGGCUGGUGAAAAGCCCGCGAAACAUGAUAAGAAAUUCAGGAAGUUCCUACCUGUUGUUGAAGGAUCGGGAAUGGGUUCCCUAGAGAAACAACAAACCGACAAGGUUCUCAACAAGUUGAUGGCCAAAAAUUCCCAUGAAGUUUUCAAUGUCACUAAGGCUGUUGACAUGUACAACACCAAGAAUGACAAGAAACGAAAAAAUCAGCACGGGAAAUCUUCAUCAACCUCAGGUAAAUUUACAGAGAGGAAGAGCCCGUAUAAGAGCACAUCGCAGAAGAAAUCUUUUAAGAAAGGCAAGUCAAAAUGAACACAACAUUUACAAGUUUUGUUGAAUGGUUAAUUUUGUUCUCAUGUAGUAUUACGAUACCAAUCACAAAGACAAGAAUGAAGUUUUUGAUGCUCUGUACCUUUACUGAAUUCAUCUAUCUAUAUGUGAUUCUUGUUUUA